AUGUUUCGGUGUGGAGGAAAUCGUGCUCUUCCUCGAAGAAACAGGAGAACGAAAUCCCAGAGGAAUUCCAAAAGCUCCGUUCAUCACGUCGAUGCACACCUGGGAGGACCAGAUGGCGACGCCGAGGAUCCCUUGAAAGCAAUCCAAGAGUCGAUCGGCAAAUAUCGCUACAUGGAUGCCAACCUCACUCAACGGCGGCACGGCCUCGAAGAGAAGAUAAUCGAUAUCAUUGAGUAUGGUGCCAUUCCUGAACAAUGA